AUGUUGCAAGAUGUUAUCCACCCUCCAUCACAUGAUGAACAACUCUCCAUUGAUGAAAUUUCAAGUCCAAAUAUUAGUGCACAAAUUUUUGAACUUUGUGACCCUGAUUUGUUCCAAGACUCUCUUCAACAAAAUUCGGAAGUUACUUCUACCUCAAAUUGUUGUCAUCAUGAAGAAAACAACCUCAACAACAACAAUAACUCUUCAUAUACCUUAAACAAUAUUUCACAAGUUUUAGAUUUAGAUAACAACAUCAAUAGCAAUAGCAAUAGUACUACUAGCACAACAAGCAACAAUAACACAACAAAUAAUACCAAUAAUAAUAAUAACCUUCCGAUUAUCUUCGACUCGCAACAAGAUAUCGACAAUGACAUAUCGGCUUCCAUAGACUUCACGUCGUCGUUGUCUUUUCUUGUUCCGUCGCUUCUUCCAAUCAAUACUCAUCAAGAACAACAGUUUGAUUUCUCUUCGACGCAACCUCCUCAACAUCAUCUUCAGCUGUCUGCAUGUUCGGUUUUGAAAGGACUGUCUUCGCAGUAUCAGCAAACUGAAAAUAUUCCCGUUUCAGGUGCUGCAGCGCCGCUUAUCGGUGGUUCGUUCGGUUCUGUGUUUGAAGAUGAUUGCAUAUCUUCCAUUCAUUCUUAUUCUCCUUCUUGUUCUUAUCUUAGUAAUGGGUUAGGUGUGUAUAUGCCUCAUGGAAAUCUUGCGAGUGGUUUGUCUGGUGAUGGUUCUGGAUUGUUUGGUGGAGGAAUUCUAUUAGGUUCUGAAAUGCAGACUCAUGAUUUGGAUUAUCAAGGUGAAAAUGGUGGAAUUUAUUGUACAGAUUCUGUUCAGCAGGUGUUUAAUCCACAAGAUUUUCAGGCACUUGGUACUGAGAAUCAAAAACUAGUAGCUGGAAAUUCUGCCACUUUAUCACCAGAAAUCUCACAUUUGGAGGACUCUCCCUUAAAGGUUGCAAAACUUUCUGUUGAGCAAAGGAAAGAGAAGAUCCAUAGAUUUAUGAAGAAGAGAAAUGAAAGAAAUUACAGCAAGAAAAUCAAGUAUGCUUGCCGGAAAACUUUAGCCGAUAGCCGGCCGCGAGUUAGAGGAAGGUUUGCAAAGAAUGAUGAAUUUGGAGAGAAUCAAAGGCCAGCUUGUAGCAACCAUGAAGAUGAUGAUGAAAUAGCUGUUAAAGAAGAAGAUGAUAUGGUUGAUUCCUCAGAUAUCUUUGCACAUAUCAGUGGACUUAACUCCUUCAAAUGCAACUAUUCAAUCCAGUCUUUGAUUUGA